CUGUCCGCACCCAUCGAGACCAGUCGACCCAACGUCAAGACCAUUGAGUUGGUCGAUACGGCACCGGCGGGCGGAUCGCCCGCAUCGUUGACGGGUUGGGGCCUUACGAUCGGCGGUAACACCGGCUCAUCGCCCACUGCUCUACAGUACGUGGACUUUAAGAUUGUAUCGCAAACCGAUUGCAAUCAACGAUACAAAGACUUAUACGGCGACCAGAUUGUUGUGACAGCUCGACAGAUUUGCACCGAGCACGAAUCGGCCAGUGGUUGCAAUGGUGAUUCUGGUGGACCAUUGGUUGCAGGUGGCAAAUUGGCCGGUAUUGUGUCCUGGGGCAUAAGAAACUGUCCGUCAGACACCACAAAGACUCCCGCAGCCUAUGCCGAUGUGGCCAACCAAGUUGCUUGGCUCAGAGGCAAUAUUGUU